AUGGCAAUUAAAAUGAACUCUCAUCCAGUGUCAUUUUCAUCAAUAAUAACAAAAUAUACGCCAACAACACGGCACCGUGUAUCAUCUCCAUUAAAGCAUAUUUGGACAAGUGUCACCCACUAUGAUACUCCGAAAGUUGUACGUUUUGAAUCGAAAUGGAUUGCAAGUCUAUCCUUAUUUGUUAAAUUAUCGCUUGCUAUCAGUUGUCUGUAUUUAAUGUGUCAACGAAGUUCAUAUCAAAUAUUUGAUCGUUCGCCCAUAUCAGCUGUUACAAUUAAAAUAAAACCAUCACCAUAUUGUCUAAGGAAUGCAUCAAUAUUACGUUAUUUUCCAAAGUAUAACUGUUCACAAUCAUCAUACGACGUCAAUGAUUUUAUUACACCCGCAACGGAAAACUCCGCUAUAUCAAUAACAACUCGCAUGUUAGAAACUGAACAUGUACUAAGAUAUUGUACUGAUAAAACAUCGAGACGACGUCAAAAUAGAUCUUCAUCAUUUCGGCUAGUAUCAUUGCAUACAUGUAAUGAACGUGCACGUUGUAUACUACCACCCUUAUAUCGUCAAGAAUAUGAAAACGAAACGAUUGCUAAUAAAUCCAAAUUAUGCUGGUUCAAGUUAUCAACAAUAACUGUUAAAAGAAAUUAUCAAGCGCUUGAUUACAUUUUAUUUAUAAAACAUUUCGUUGAAUUUACUCAACUUGGCCUCGUACGAGCUAAUCUAAUACCAAAUAAAAUUACUAAAGAAUAUAUUGAUACAUGUGAAUAUGAUCCAAUACAUCAUCCACUAUGUCCAAAAUUUCGUCUAUCGAAAAUUUUAGAAAUGAUUGAAACUGACCCUCACGAAUACGAAGCAAUGUUUUAUUAUGGUUCAUUGAUUGAAAUAAAAAUUAGUUGGAAAUGUAACCUAGAUAAGAAGUUAGAAUAUUGUCAACCUUUUUAUAAAUUUCAACGUAUGGAUAUUAAACCAUAUAAGAGCAAUCCGUACGAUCCUGGUUCGAAUUUUCUAACAUCACGAUACUUUUUUCGACCAAACGAUGGCGAAUUACAUCGAUUACAUACAAAUAUUUAUAAUUUACAUAUUCUUGUUUCUGUCACUGGUGAAGUUGGAAAAUUUGAUCUCUUUCAAACAACAACAAGUAUUGGUUCAUUUCUUGGUAUAUUCGGUACCGGAACUAUUGUAUGCGAUUUUAUAGCUGCAUUCUUUACGAAUUUUAAAACUGUCAAAUAUGAUCCAUGA